GAGCAUCAAACAAUGUGAAUCACUUGACUUUGUGACCAUCCAUGGCUUCACUCACGUGUCUCCACCCAACUCACCCUCUUCUUCUUCAUCUCGGUUCAGCUCUUCCCGCCAUUUCCAACCGCUGCUUCAACUAUUCCUCCUCACUGAACCGGACCCUCUCUGCAAAAUCUCCUCGAACAGCUCCUCCACGCGCCAUGACCAAGCCUAGUUUCUCACCAGCUGAAGACCAAGUUGCUUCUCCUGGUGAUUUUGAAUUUGUGCCACCCCUGAGAAUUGUGGAGUAUCCAGACCCGAAAUUGAGGGUCAAAAAUAAGCGCAUAGUUACCUUCGAUGAUAAUCUGAAGAAGCUUGUCCACGAAAUGUUUGAUGUUAUGUACAAAACUGAUGGUAUUGGUCUCUCUGCACCUCAAGUGGGAGUUAAUGUUCAACUCAUGGUGUUCAACCCAGUUGGUGAGCGUGGUGAAGGAGAGGAGAUUGUUCUUGUAAACCCAAGGGUUAGCAAAUACUCAAAGAAAUUGACCCUAUUCAACGAGGGCUGCCUAUCUUUCCCUGGAAUUAAUGCUGAUGUAAAGCGACCAGAAUCUGUGAAGAUUGAUGCACGUGAUGUUAAUGGAACUAGAUUUUCAGUCAACUUGUCUGACCUUCCUGCACGAAUAUUCCAGCAUGAAUUUGAUCAUCUACAGGGAAUUCUUUUCUUUGACAGAAUGAGUGAAGAUGUUCUUGAUAGUAUUCGUGGGCAAUUACAGGCCCUAGAAAAAAAGUACGAGGGAAUGACUGGACUCCCAAGCCCUGAAAAGGUAGAGAACAGCAAAAAGAGAAAGGCUGCGGUUGGUUUUGGGAAAUGAUUAUCUUCAAGGUCAAUAUUUAUAACACUGAAUUUAUCACAUAAAGACAUUUCUCAGGGUGGACUUCCUUGUCUAGAAUUGUUUAUGCAUACUGAUCACAAGACACCUCUAUUAUAAACAAUGCCAGCGUCAGUUGUUCAUGUUGCCCUAAAGAAGAGAACUGUCUCGAAGAGAUAUUUCCUAUUGAUUUAUUGGUUUUAAUUGUGGUUCUUGAGGUCACCUGUGGAGUUGAUUUUUUAUUUUUAUAGGCAUUUACUAUGUAUUAUUUUGGGAGUUAUUACCUGAUAACAGCUCAUGGAAUGGAAGAAAACCUUUUUUUAUAUGGUUUGCUCUCAACAUCCCAAAGGCAAUAAUUGUUUGUAAUAAAAGGGCCAAUUUUAGUUUCAUA